UUGUUUCCGAAUUGCCAUAAAGUACCCGGCUAGAUUCUCCAGCAAUGUGUUGCGAGCGUCAUCUUUGCAUUGCUCUUCUCUUAGUUAACUUAGGAGCAGUUGCUCUGGUCUCUGCUCAGGGAUCUAAUUCUACCUCCCGCUGGCAGACUCUUAGCGGGGAUGCACCUUUGGUUGUUGCACGUGGUGGAUUUUCAGGAAUGUUUCCAGAUUCUAGUUCCCAGGCUUAUACCUUGGCAUUGAUAACUAGUGUACCUGAUGUCAUAUUAUGGUGUGAUGUUCAGUUAACCAAAGAUGGAGUUGGGAUUUGCUUUCCUGAUCUCAAUCUAGAUAAUAGUUCUGACAUUAGUUAUAUUCCACUUUUUAACAAUCAGCAGAAGGUUUACCAGGUUAAUGGUUUUCCUGUUAAGGGAUGGUUUUCUGUGGAUUACACCUUCAGUGACCUUGGAAAUCUUUCCUUAAUUCGAGGAAUCUAUUCUCGGACUCAACGGUUUGAUGGCAAUUUGUUAAAAAUUAUGGCUGUUCAAGAUGUGGCUUAUCAAUUUAACCAAUCAGCUUUCUGGUUGAAUGUUCAGCAUGAUGCAUUUUACACGCAACAUAAAUUGAGUAUGAGGAACUUUGUCCUUAAUGCAUCUAAAAGUGUGAUUGUUGAUUACAUCUCUUCACCAGAGGUUGGCUUCUUGAGGAGUAUUUCGGCACCUUUUGCAUCAAGCAAGACAAAGCUGGUCUUCCGGUUCAUGCAACAAGAUGACAUUGAGCCUUCAACCAACCAGAGUUAUGGUUCUCUGUUAAGGAAUCUCACAUUUAUCAAGAAAUUUGCGUCAGGAAUUAUUGUUCCCAAGUCUUACAUAUGGCCAGUAGAUUCUAGUAAUUACUUGCUACCUUCAACCUCUGUCGUCUCAGACGCUCACAAAGUAGGGCUAGAAGUUUUUGCAUCAGACUUUGCGAAUGAUGCUCAAUUUAGCUUCAAUUACAGCUAUGAUCCAGUGGCUGAGUAUUUAAGUUUCAUUGAUAAUGGUCACUUCUCUGUUGAUGGUGUGAUAUCUGACUUUCCAAUAACUCCAUCAGAAGCUAUAGGCAAGUCACUAGUUCUUUUAGUAAAAGUGAAACCAUUUAUCCAAUGCAAUUGCUAUGCUCACCUAGGCAGAAAUGCUUCAAAACAAGAGGUUCUUCUUGACACGACUUUCAUCCCUUGCCUUGUUGUAGCUGAUCUACUGAUUAUAACAAAAAAUGGAGCAAGUGGGGACUACCCCGGAUGCACUGACUUGGCAUACUCAAAAGCCAUUGUAGAUGGUGCAGAUGUUAUUGACUGUCCUGUCCAAAUGACAAAGGAUGGGAUACCUAUUUGCUUGCAGUCUAUUAAUCUUUUUGAUAGCACAAAUGUUGUCCAAUCAAGAUUCAGCAACCUUGCAACAACGAUUCCAGAGAUUCAAGCAGGCACUGGAAUAUUUACCUUUACUCUGACAUGGAGUGAAAUUCAGACCUUGAAACGGAUCGAUAUUUUUUUCUUGAUUCAUUUUCUCAUUCAGAAUGCAGCUUACCUUGCAACGGGGCAGGGCUUGAGCGUAACUGAUGCAGUGUUUAGUGCUUUGAGCAAAGCUGGAUAUGAUAAACUGACAACUCCAAAAGUUAUGAUACAGUCCAGGGACAGUUCUGUUCUAAGGAAGGUCAACAGUGCAGGCACUUAUGAGCUUGUGUACAGGAUUGAUGAAAGUAUUCGGGAUGCUCUCAAUGCCACAGUUGAGGACAUCAAAAGCUUUGCUCAUUCUGUAGUUGUUGAUAGUACCUCAGUGUUUCCUGUAAAUGAUGCGGACUUCCUCACCGGUACAACAAAUGUUGUAACCAAGCUACAAUCCUUCAAGCUUCUUGUUUAUGUAGAAACUUUCAGCAAUGAAUUCACAUCUCAACCAUGGGACUUCUACUCAGAUGCAACAGUUCAGAUCAACACAUUUUACAGGGGAACUGGUAUCAAUGGUGUUGUCACAGACUUCCCAAAGACAUCUGCUCGAUAUAGAAGGAACAGAUGCUUAGCAAGGGGUAAAGAGACGCCUAGCUACAUGACCCCUGUUCUGCCUGGUUUCUUCAUGGGACUCAUCAUGGCACCUGCUUUAUUGCCACCGGCUGAAGCCCCGUCCCCUGUACUGACAGAACAGGAUGUAGUAGAGCCACCUUUGCCCGAUGCUGUAGCAAAAUCCCCUUCUACCAGUCCGGGUAGAUCUCCAUCAACCUCACCACCACCAAAUGAGCAACCUAAAGUCACCGCUUGCGUCUUCGUCUCAAAUCUGGCCAUGCUUCUCGCCGUUCUCUUGCUGUUUUAAUACUGGAGAGGGGAGAGUCACCUACUAAAAUCCAAGAACC